AUGGCUGGCUAUCCAAAAUUGAAUGCCAACACAGCUUCUGAAUUCAUUGGCGAAGCUUCUCCAGCUCUGUCAUUAAACUCAGGAACCCCUACCCGUGCUUCAAUCUCAAUUGAUACCACUGAAGUUUCGGCCACUUCUUCAAUCUUCAAUCCUGAGAAUGAAGAUGACAUCGAGGACUUCAGUGAAGAAGAGAUCAUUGAAGAAGUCAUUCCAGUUGAAGAAAUUCCGGUUGAGGAAGCUCCUGUUGAGGACGCUCCUGUUGAGGACGCUCCUGUCGAGGAAGCUCCAGUUGAAGAAGCUCCAGUUGAAGAAGCUCCUGAAGAACAAGUCUCUCCUUCUGAAAUCAUUGUUGAUCAAAAGGAUGCUGUAAUUCAAGCACCAAAGAAGGUUUCAAUCAAGGACUUACCAACCCUAGCUUCUAAUGUUGAUAUUCCAGUUUUCUCAACUGGUUGGGGUUCAAAUGUCAAACCAAAACAAAUCGAUACUAAAGCAAUGAAAUCACUAAGUGGUUCUUUCCCAUCUGCAGCAGCGGUUGAGGCUAAGCCAAUGCGUUCAAAGCACAUUCAAGAAUCAUUUAAAAUCAACGGUGACACUUCAUCUAAGUCUAAUAAAGUUAAUUACACUGAAAUUGCUUCCUCGGUUAAAAAACAAUUCAAGGUUUCUAUCGAGUCAACAACCUCUGCUACUGGUCGUCUUAUUAUUGUCUCAGGUAAUAGCGAUGAUGUCAUCAAUGCCAAAAGAAUAUUAUUAAAGAGAUUAGAAAAACCUGUCAAUGUCGAAUUACAAGUUCCAACAUCCUGUAAACCUGCUAUUAUUGGUUUAGGUGGUAGAAACAUCCGUGAAUUGAUUUCAAAGUACCAAAUUAGAAUUCAUAUUGAAGACAAACCGAUUCAAGAUUCAUUUGAUGAAAAUUUAAACGAUACUUUGACGAACAUUGAGUUAUAUGGUGACUCUGCCUCGGUUGACUUAGUCAAAAAGAACAUUAAUACUACUGUUAAGGAGGAAACUAAAAAUGCUACUUUCAGAGUUCCAGUAGAAAACAAAUCACUGAUUGCUUAUAUUAACAUUAAAGAUGUAAACGAUGCUAAAACACAUUCAUCUAUUAAAGUUCAAUUUAACGAAAAGAAUGAAGAAUUUACUAUCAGUGGUUCGCGUGAGGAAGCAAAGGAAGUUAUGAAUGAAGUUAAAAGUUAUUUAUCUAACUUAUCCGCUUCUAUCGAAGAAGAAAAUAUUAAAAUUCCUUACAAGUUCCAAGUCUUAAUUGAUGCAUAUGAAAUUAGAAAGACCUUUAACGUUACAGUUGAAUUUCCAAAAACUCAAGAAGAGGAAACUGUGAGAUUUGUUGGUCCAAAGGAUAAAGUCAGCGAAGCAAUUAACUUUGCUAGAACUACUUCAAAGGACUACUUAAUUGAGGUUCUUGAUAUCUCAAGAUCACAUAGUAACAAUCUGGAACAUGCAAAGAGACUGGUCUUAUUAUUUGAAAAGUAUAACUCAUUAAAAAAGAUUGCUGCUGAAUAUGAGGGUGUUAAAUUCUAUCUUCCAUCUUUCCAAAAGUUUGAAAAUUCUAAAUCAGUUGAGAUAAUUAUCACAUCCUUAAAAGAUAGUUCAAAACUAUUGAAAUUUGCUCGUAAGGAAAUAAUUAAUUUGGUAGAUGGUAUUUCACCAGCAGACCUUUUGAUUAUUGACGAUAUUGAAUAUGAAUUAUUCCACAGAGAAACUUCAACCAUUCUUGAAGCCAACACUGACAUAGUUAAAUUUAUUCAAUUAGGUGAUGUAGCAACCGGUAACAAUGAAAUCGUUUUAGCAGCCUAUAAUGAAUCAAAUGAUUUUAAACCAGCUGCUGAUGAAAUUAAAUCUAUUUUGGAAAAAUCCAAUAAAUCCUUGGACAAGAUCCGUGAAUCUCAACAUUCGUUAGCUAGCGAAACUUUGAUGAUGGAGAGUAACCUUCAAGAUGAAUUAUUGAACUCUAAUUCUAAGCCAUAUUUACUUAUUGAUGAAGAAAUCGAAAAACAUAAUGGUAGCAUUCAAAUUAAACUUCAUACUCCUGAUUCCGAUUCAGUCCUUAUUAGAGGGCAUGAAAAAUCUAUUAAAUUAGCAAAGAAGUCCCUAAGCAUGAUUAUAGAGAAUCCCGAGAGAAAGCAUAAUGAAGUUAUCGAUGUUCCCGCUGAUGUAUUAUCAAGAUUUAUUGGUGUUAAAGGCGCUAAUAUCCAAGCUAUUCGUUCAAAGUAUGACAUUACCACUCAAUUUGCUGAUGCUGAUACGAAACCACAAUCCAAAGAACCUAUGAAGGUUACAUUGAUUGGUAUCCAAUACAACGUUAAGCGUGCCGUUGAAUUUAUAAAUACUGAAAUUAAGAGAUGGUCUGACAUCAUUACUAAAGAAUUUAUUGCUCCAUUACAAUAUCAUGCUGCAUUAAUUGGUCGUAGAGGUGCUAAUUUAAAUCAUCUACAAAAUAAAUAUAGUGUGAACAUUAACUUUCCAAGGGAAAACACAGUUGUUACUAUCAGAGGUCCAUCUCGUCUUGUCAAUCAAGCAUACGAUGAAUUGCACGAUUUAUUGGAAUUCGAAAUGAAAAAUAGUAAUAAGGUUGUCGUUAAGGUGCCAGUUGCGCAAAUUUCCAGAGUUAUUGGUAAGAGCGGUCAAAUGAUUAACGAUUUGAGAGCUGCUUAUGGUGUCGAAAUGGACUUCAUUGAAGAAACUAAUGACUUGGCUAGUUUAAAAACAGACCAAGUUCAAUUAGAAAUUGUUGGUACCAAAGAGGCCAUUAAGGAAGCUUCCGAGAAAGUUACUUCUAUUCUAUUUAACAGCACAAACUUCACUACCGAAAAUAUUGAAGUUGAUCAGAAAUACUAUAAAAAUAUAAUCGGUCAAAAUGGUGCCACCUUGAGAGAUAUUAUUUUCAAAUCCGGAGGUGAUCACUUGAGUAUGACUAGACCUAUUAACAUACCUAGAACAGGUGCCAAGGAAACUCAUAUUACUGUACAAGGUCCAAAGGAAUUCGUUAAAAGAGCUAUCACCCAUAUUAAAGAAAUUGUGGCUAAUGCUGAAAAUUCCAUUACCAAAGAAUUAGACAUUGAGUCUGGAAGCCAAGGUGCUUUGAUAGGUCCAGCUGGUACUGUGCGCCGUCAAUUGGAAAGUGAAUUUAAAAUUACUUUACAAAUUCCAAAUAGAGGUGAUACUAAGAGUAAAGUCAAACUGAUUGGUUUACCAGAAAAUAUCGAAAAAGCUGAAAAGAAGAUUUUCACUGAAAUAAUUAAAAAAAACUUUGACUUAGAAGUAAAUGUACCAGCUUCUAUCCAUGAAUUUGUAUCUGAACGUGGUGCUUUUGCUCAAAGUUUGAGAAUUAACCAAUUUGUUAGUGUUAGAUACGGAUCAUAUACAAAGCUAGCAAAUACAUUAAACAACCGUGCUUUAUCAAUCCCAAUUGAUGAUGUAUCCGGUAACGAUGAUGAAAAAUUAAAGUUAACUAUCACUUCUGCUCCUAUCUCUGCUGAUUCUCAGAGAACGGAAAUCAUCCCAUGGAGAAUUAGAUAUGAACCAGUUGAACUUGAAGGUUUGUUAAGCGAUGAUUCUGAGUUCUCUUCUGAUGAAGAAAAGAAGAACCACAUGCUAAAUUUAGCUAAACAACUUAUAGAAAAGAGAAUUAGUUUAGCUCCAACCGCUAACACUGUUGGCUAUAUUUGGGCCAAGGAUACUAGUAAGUUCAACUCUGUUGUUGGACCUGCAGGUACCAGAAUUAUCAAGUUGAGAGAUAUUACUGGUUGUAUUAUUAACAUUCCAAGAAAUUCAGAAAAGAUUAAGAAUGUAAUCUAUGUCAGAGGUACUGAAAGUGAUGUUAAAGCUUGUACCCAAACUAUCAUGGAUCUCUUAAAAUGA